AUGCUUCGUGCUGGAGCCUCUCGUUGCCUUUCGGCGGGAAACACGGCUUUCCGUUGCCUCUCGACUGGAAAGGACAACCUACCGGUCACAAGAUCGCAUGAUGCCAAAAAGGUUGAGCUCAACGAUAUUCUUGACAAACCGUCUCAAAAAACUCCAGUAAAAGUAUCAUCCGAUGAGACAAUGGAUAUCGGAGGUGUUCCACUUGAUCACCAAGAUGCCCGUACCGCUCGCAUCUUCCGUCCAGCAAGAGAGACUACACAAAGUGCUUGGGGUAAUACCAAGUCCUGGACCAUUGAGCUGGAUAAUCGUCAAAGAUGGGAAAAUCCAUUGAUGGGAUGGUCUGGAACUGCGGAUCCACUCUCCAAUGUUGGAAUGGAUCUCAAGUUUGCCACAAAAGAGGACGCUAUCGCUUUCUGUGAAAAGAAUCGCUGGGAGUUUGACGUCGAGGAGCCACAUGAGCGCAAGAUUAAGCCAAAGAAUUACGGACAAAACUUCUCAUGGAACAGAAGAACCAGAAUUGGAACUAAGUAAAUUUCUAUUAAAAGACGAAGUAAACUGAACCGCUUCUAUUUAGAUUUUGUUUUUUUUUGUGUAGAAAAUGAAGAUUUAUCUCGAU